AUGAGAGCCCGUCCGCGCUCGAGCUUGUACAGUCGGAACUCACAGUGGGUCGAGCUCUUUGCCGAGCGCGGGCCGACGCUGUCCAAAAAACCCACCUUCGCCCGGACUCAGCCUUCCUGCGGGCAACCUAAACACAACCACACCUCUCAAACCCUCACAACCAUGAACAACUUCGGCGUCAUCGAGGUCGCGAGCGCCAAGACCACCAACGCGCCGGGCUGGGCCUAUGUGCCGGACACAGGUGCCACCGCGACCCCCAGCCAGUCCGUCUCCGCCGUCCACCUACACGUCAACCGGAACAAGCGCGCCGCUCGUACUGCGAACCAGGCCGCCGGCUCGACCGCCAACGUGCAGAAGGGCAUAUCGGCGCGCCGCGACGCCAAGAUCCAGAAGGAGCUCGAUGAGUUGCAGCGGGACUACUUUGGCGGGCGCGACGGCCAGAUCCCGAUACCGAGUGGCGGGAGGGACAAGGACGGCAAGAUCAGGGGCCACACGCCCAACGUGAGGAAGAUACUGGCCAGCCAAAAGACGUUCGCGAAUCACCUGGACGACUUCGAGGCCUGGACCCGGACGCAGAGCGAGGCACCCGUGAGGAGCCAGGCACAGAGUCUCGAGGGUACACCGGCGCCGUCUGGCCCGUCCGCCGGGGGCAGCAGGAGACCGGCAGCGGCAGCUGCCGCAGCAGCGACGAAGAAAGCAGUCGCGUCAAGUUCAAAGAGCAAGACACCCGCCGGCGGCAGCAAGAAGUCCGCCACCCCGGUAUCAACACCAACAGCCGACGCCGACGCCGCCAUGACGGACGCGCCACCGCCAGCACCGACGAGCGGCGCCGACCAGCCCGAGCCCGCCGCCCCGCCCGCCGAGGCCGAGUCGGAGAUCCUCACGCCCUGCACGCGCUUCCAGCCGCCGCCGUGCGCGGGCGACACCGACCCGCUGCUGGAGUCGUGGCUGCCGCCCCUGCCCGCGGACGAGGAGCUGCGCGAGCUGCUGCGGGCGCCGCCGCUCAACUACAACCAGGCGCGGGGCGAGUGGGCCGAGGACGAUAGGCGGUACCCGCCCCGGCAGUUCUGCGACGUGUGCGGGUACUGGGGCCGGGUCAGGUGCAUGAAGUGCGGGGCGAGGGUGUGCGCGCUCGACUGCCUGGACGUGCACCGCGAGGAGUGCGUCACGCGGUAUGGGCUGUGA